UUAUUGUACCCAGUUGUCUGAACAGCCCCCGCGCCGCGCGUUGCUGUCGCUUUGAGUGCAAGCAGAGCACGAUUGUGACCAUACAAGCAAAAGCUCGCUGCGCUUCAACACAACGUGAUAUGGCUUUCCAAACUCAACUAUCUGGUAUGACUCAGCGCUGCUCCCAUGCCGCUGCUGGUGGUGCAACACUCCAUGCACCGCUCGUAAAGAUUGCUCGCGCACAUGGCGCUGGUCGCGCGCACCAGCUUAAUGGGUCAUCGACCUCCACUCUGAACGCCAGUCGGCCGAACGUGAAGUGCACGGCAGUCACCGACAAGCUGCGUAGCUGGUUCGGCAUCCGCCAGCCCACCACUUCCGAGGCCGUCAAGACCAGCACCUCGUCUCGCGAUGCGCCGGUGAAGGAUGGCCGCGAUGUCAUUGUGCGCUACUACGAGGCCUAUAACGCGGGCGACAUCGACACCAUUGCGGGCCUGCUGGCUCCGGAUGUGUCGUACCACGACAUGAUCUACGAGGAGCCGUUCCAGGGCCGGGAGGAGGUGGUGGCAUACUUGCGCAAGGUCCGCAAGACGGUGCCCUCCGACCUCAAGUUCGUGAUUGAGGACGUGACCAGCGGUGACCCGCGGGCGGUGGGCAUCACCUGGCAUGUCGAGUGCGGCGACGGCGUGGUGUUCCCCUUCAGCCGCGGCUGCUCCUUCUACACGCUGGACCCGGCGACGGGGCAGAUCGUGGCGGCGCGGGACCUGGUGGAGAGCAGCGUCAAGCCCGGCAGCUCGGCGCUCAAGCUGCUGGGCGCUCUCACGCCGCUGAUCCGCAAGCUGGGACCCAACGCCGACCCAGCAAACCUCAAGCGCCUGCCUCUGGCCGCGGCGGCCGUGUGGGCCUUCUACGCAGGCUACUCUGCGUACGUGAUGCUGAGCACUGCUGCGCCUGGCGCGCCCGCCUACAACACCCCACCCGAGGUGUUGAUGGAGGUGUUUUACGAGUCCCUCAACUUCUUCUACAUCAACAUCGGACUGGCGGCCGCAGGCUUGUCGCCAGUGCCCUCCGUCCCUAGCCCGCCGGUGUCUGAGGCGCUGUUCAACUUCGUCAACGCCUGGUCGCUCAUGGCGUUGCCGUACAUGCUGGCGGACGGCGCCAGCAAGAAGCUGGGCGGGCCGGGCCGCCUGGUGGCGUGGUGGACCGGCAUCAUGUUCCUGACCAACGUCUUCUACAUCCCAUACCUAGCACUGCGUGCCGCGCCCGAGCCCAUUCCUGAGGACGCCGCCGCCGCCAGCGCCGCCGCCGCCGCCAGCGGCAAGCUCGCUCUGCCCCCGCCGCCGCCCGCCGACACGCCGCUGCCGGACUGGGCGCCGCGCUUUGGCGCCACCAGUCUGGCGGUUGGUCUGUUUUCCAUCGGUUGGGCGGCAGUUGGCCGGCCCGAGUACGGCGACAUUGCUGAGCGCGUGUCGUACGCCGUUGACACCUUCAACACGAACCGGGUCUUCUUCGCCUUUGUGGUGGACUCGUGUCUGUACGCCGUGUGGCAGGCCGUGCUGUUGAAGGACGCACCCGCAGGGUACCGCUUCGUGCCGUUCUUUGGAAUGGCGGCACACCUGAUCGGCGGCGGCAAGGCCCGCGCCUCAGACGAAGACGGCGGCCUGUGAGCGACACGUCCGACGUGUGUGGUGGCUCCGCAGCGUGCGGAUUGGGCGGGGUAAAGAUUGAGAGACCGAGGAGUCGUGAGUGCCGUGAGUGGCUGAGUGGCUGAGCGUGAGGGGAAGUGACAACGCGAGGACCGAGUGCUGCCAGGCGCUGCGGCGUGCACCACACGGCCGUUCGGGUGGACUAUAUGACCGGCAGGCCGGCAUCGAGUGAGAUGUGUGACUGCCCUGCUGGCUAUAACAGUUGUGGUGAGGAAAGCGGACGUGCGGCAGAGCUGAUGCGUGCGGCUUGGGCUGCGCACUCGGCCCUCCCGGUCUCCCUCUCACGUUCUUUAUCCCUGCGAAUGCUAUGAGAGAGGUUCAAAGUGAGCGAGGUUUUGUCAAGAGUGACUGGCGUAAUACAAGAAGUGAAGAAUGGAAGUGUUAAAGUGGGGGCUGAGCGGCAAAGCGUGAGAUGGGGAGCGGAAGAUACCGGGGCGAGAAGAGCGGAGCGUGGUGUGCGGUGAUGAGACGAGCAGACUGGGUGCACAAUUGGCGUGCUGAGGAUUAAGCACAUGGACGCAAAGGCAGUCGAGGGCGGGCCGGCACGUGGCCGGCAUGAGGUUGGACACAGCCAGGAAGCCACAAGCGGGCAUUGGCCAAGCGGAAUUAGGGAACGCUGUAACGCCUGGCAGAG